UCUGUAGACCUUUUCAAGGUGUACAAUACUUAGUACAUUAUUUUGAUAAAUCUCGUAGGGUUCAGCCUGCGUUUGCAAUGCAUGUGUUUCUUGAGUGGGGAAAAACGGCAACUAUAUAUAUGGUAACACGAUUUUAAGAACUUUCAAAUUACUAAACACGAAUCACAAAAAUAACAUAACAUGUAUACACCAAUAAUAUUUUUUCUACUGUUAUGUAAAACAGUAUAUUCUAUUCCAACUGACAGCAGCAGUUUAGUGGUGUCAACUACGGAACCUGCAAAAGAAAAACCUGCAGAAUUUUCAAAUGACCUUCAAGUUAGUCCUCAAAUAUAUUCUAUGCAAAUUAUCGCUAAUGUGAGUAACCGUUUUGCAAGAACACUUAUCACUAGUAGAGUACGAAAUUUGAAGAAACAAGCACAACAAACCACUUUUUCAGUCAUUCUUCCCGAAAAUGCGUUUAUUUCGGAAUUUGAGAUGGAAAUCGAUGAAAAAGUAUACAAAGCUUACGUCAAAGAAAAAGGAGAAGCUAAAAAGAUAUACGAACAGGCCGUAAUGAGUGGACAAAGUGCAGCCCACGUUGAACUGAGUGCAAGAGAUUCCAAAACAUUUACAGUCUCAGUAAAUAUAGAACCCGAAAGUAAAACAAUAUUUAGACUGCUCUAUGAAGAACUUCUUGAACGACAAGUAGGACAAUACGAACUCGUUAUUAACAUUCAUCCAGGACAAAUUGUUAAGGAUCUGGGAGUUCAGGUUAAUAUCGAUGAGAGCAGACCGUUAACUUUUGUAAAAACACCAUCUUUAAGAACAGGAAAUGAAAUAAGCAAAAAUGAUGACAAACUAGACCCAUCUGCAAACAUAUAUUUUACUGAUAAAUAUUCUGCCGUCGUGCAAUUUAAUCCAGACAUAAAUCGACAAAAACAGUUUGCUGAAAAUCUUGGGGGUAAUACAGAAAAUGGAUUGGCUGGUCAGUUUGUAGUUCAGUACGACGUAGAAAGGGAUCCUCAAGGAGGCGAGGUUUUAGUGAAAGAUGGAUAUUUUGUGCAUUUUUUCGCUCCUUCUGAAUUGGAACCUCUGCCCAAGCAUAUCGUGUUUGUUUUGGAUCACAGUGGCAGUAUGAGUGGAAGGAAAUUGGAUCAGCUCAUUGAAGCCAUGCAAAAUAUUUUAUCGGAACUUAACGCUAAAGACUUAUUCAAUAUCGUCAGAUUCUAUGACGAUGCUUCAGUUUGGGAUCCUGUAGAAAAUAAAUUUAAGACAGUUGAAUUAAGUUCACCAAAAUAUGGAGAACUUGAACCAUUCCUGAGAGAAGCCAAUUUACCUCAACCAGCAGAAGCUACUGAGGAGAACAUUAAAAAAGCAAAAGAUAUUGUGACCGACAAGUCAUUAUUAGGUAACACUAACAUAAUUGCGGGUUUAGAAGUAGGUGUAUUUUUAACCAAAAGGACCCAGGAAAAUAAAUCGAAAAAAUACGAGCCCAUGAUUAUAUUUUUAACGGAUGGUUUACCAAAUGUGGGAAUCGGUUCUACAGAUGAAAUUACUAACAUAGUGACAAAACUUAACACAGGUGAAAAACGUGCAGCAAUUUUUUCCCUUUCAUUUGGUCUCGGCGCUGAAAAAACCUUUUUAAAAAAAUUAUCUUCAAAAAAUCUGGGAUUUUCUAGACACAUAUACGAAGCAGCAGAUGCUUCUUUACAAUUACAAGAUUUUUACCGUUUGAUUUCAUCACCUUUAAUGAGUAAUAUUACCUUUAAAUAUGUAGAUGGAGCUUCAGAAGUCACAAAAACCCAUUACCCAAUUCUUUUCAAAGGUUCAGAAAUAGUCGUGGCAGGCCGAACUGGAUCAAACGUAGAUUUUCUGCCUCGUGUUAUAGGAAUUUGUACUAUUGGACCUGUCAUUUUUAAUACUACUCGUACUGAACCGGUUACUUCUUUAGAAAGACUUUGGGCAUAUUUAACUGUAUCGCAGAUGUUAACACAAAGGGAAACCGCAGAAAAUAAAACAGAAUUGACGAAGAAGGCACUUGAUUUAGCCUUAAAAUAUUCAUUUGUAACGGACGUUACUUCUCUGGUCGUGGUUAAACCUAAUCAAACUGAUUCAGUCGACGCUGAAGUGGUAGCACCAACACCAGCUUCAAUAGCUGGUGGAGCUCAGUUUUCUUCAGGACAGCAUGUUUUGUUUGAUUAUGCCCAUCCGAUUGCUCUUUCUGAACCAAUUGCUCCACCCCCAGCAUUCUAUCCAUCUACUACCACUGUACUGUCAACAUAUGCAACGACAGAACAACCAAGCAUUCCGCAAUGGCUUCAGGAUUUGAAAAAUCAUAAUGAAAGUAUCACAACACCUCAAGGUUCAUUUAAACUGGGUCGUGGUGGUGAUGUAACAAUUCGACCCAACUGUCCAAAAACUCCGAACAACAGUACUGGUGUAUGUACAAUUAUUUACGAUUGUCCUCAAGUGUUUUCAUUGUUAACGGAUGUCAACAUUUAUCUACAAUAUUUCUGUCCACUGAAUGAGUAUGCCGGCGUGUGUUGUCCCGUCUAAUAGCAAUCAGCCUAUAAUCAGUUACUAGGUAUGUAUUUAAAUUAAGAAAUAAGUGCAUAUAACUAGUAGAACAUGAAUGUGAAAAUUUUCAACGCAAUUACAGUUGGACUCCGUUUGUAAAAUGUAAAAAAAAGUAUAAACAAAUAAAUUGUGGCAAUUUU